AUGCUGUCUCUCCUUCUCCUUGCUGUCCUCGGCGCGGCCACAGUUACCCUCCAUGAUUCCAGCGACUUUGCUGUUCUCGCCGCCGAUGCAGCUGAUGAUGCAUUGACGGCGGAUUGGGACUACACCCCGACCACCUAUCAAGUCAAUGCGAUCGUGGGGGCCUAUGAAUAUUCUGAUAGAACUGAUACUAUUACGCAUGGGACGCUUGCUGUCUCUGCUAAUGACACCAGUGUCCUCGUUAUUACCGAAGGAUCAGACGUGAAUGUCUUCUACUCUACCAUUGUUAAGCACGGGUACUCCAGUGAUCUCUACCAGUCCAGUUUCUUUGGUCUGAACGCAGCUGUUAAUGUGGCCAACGAGUCUGUGGCACAUAUUGACCACGUUAACGUGACAGUGCACAACGGGGCAGCCAAUAUCUAUUCCUAUGGAAACAAUACUUAUGUCUCCAUCUCAGACACGAGCCUGUACAGCUCCGGUCCAGUCUCGCAUGGCCUGUAUGCAGCAGGCUAUGGUACCAUUGUAGGGCGGAAUCUAGAGCACUACUCCGGGGCUUAUCGAUCUUCGUCGUUUGCCGGGGACAGCCCCCAGGGCUACGUGUAUGUGUACGACUCCGUCGCGCAUACGGCGGGUAUUGGGAGCGCCAUCAUCUACGGUCAGGGCACCGUCUAUGCUGAGAACAUCGUGGGGUAUGCCGAGCGGGCUCCCGUUGCCUUCUUAGAUACCGCCCAGAUUGACAUCUACGAUUCCGAUCUUACUGCAGGCCUGCUGGCGGGAGCAGUGGUCUUCUCAUCUGGGACACGGGGGUCUGGCUCGGAGAUCAACUUCACCAACUCUCGUCUGACGGUUCUCCCUGAGGCGGCGGCAGCGCUUUGGUUCGGCAAUGUUAUCGCCAGCUCUCAUUUGACAAGUACGUCCAUCAACACCACGUCGGGCAUCUUGGUCGUCGCCAAUUACUCUCAGGUUACACAGGAUUUUAGCUAUUUCGCGGAUUCUACAGCCGCCGCUGAAGCAACUGUCACAAUAUCCGAAUCCGAUGUGGAGGGAGACCUUGUGGCGUACAAUGGCAGCAGUAUCAGCUGGUCGCUGACGGAAUACUCCUCGUGGACAGGUACAGCAUACUCGGGCUAUGGCAUUUCGACCUUUGCUGUCUCACUGGAUGUGACAUCCACAUGGACGUUGACCAAUGACACGGUGCUCAACAAUUUCACUGACUCGGACCGGACGUUGAGCAAUGUAUACAGUGCUGGAUACACCUUGUAUUACGACUCGAGCGCAGCCGCAAACCGAUGGUUAAACGGGCCGACCAAGCAGUUGACUGGUGGAGGGUCUGUAACGCCGGCAACAGCUGCGCAGCUGGCGGGAUAA